AUGCGUGAGCUGGCCAUUGAGAUAGGGGUCCGAGCCCUGCUCUUCGGGGUCUUCGUGUUUACAGAGUUUUUGGAUCCAUUCCAGAGAGUCAUCCAGCCGGAGGAGAUCUGGCUGUACAAGAAUCCUCUGGUGCAGUCCGACAACAUCCCGACCCGCCUCAUGUUUAUUCCUUUGUUGGCGGAGUCAUCGGCCUCAUUCUUGCCUACAUUUGCUACAGACAGCACUACCCGCCCCUGGCCAACACAGCUUGUCACAAGCCCUACGUCAGUCUCCGAGUCCCGACCUCGCUGAAGAAAGAGGAGAGCUCGCCUGCUGACAGCGCGCCCACCCUGCCGCUGGAGGGGAUCACCGAGGGCCCUGUAUGACCAGGGCCCCGGGGGACGGACGAUGAGCCCAGGCGCACCCUCCCACC